AUGUUCGGAAUAAUAUCCCGAUUAUUUUCUCAAGUUUGGGAUAGUUCUUCUGUCGAUGGAAGCCAAAAUCCAGCAAACACGACUGACAGUUUGUCGUCUAAGCCAAAUUCAGAACGGAAUGGACAAGAUGACAGCUUCGGCGCACGUGGUAGCAAAACUGCAAACGUAUCAAGCGAGCUAAGCAAAGUGCUCUACGGAAAAGUUACCAAAAUCUAUGAUGAUUCUGGACUUAUUGAUAAUGAGAUAUACUUCACCUAUGAUAAGCUUACUGGAGGAGUACGGCCCAAGGUCAAUGAUGAAGUCCAUGUUUGGGCAAGUCGGUCAUCAUCAAACGAUGGAUGGCAGGCCGAGCGAGUGGAGGUUCAAGGGCUUGAUUGGGAUGAGUGCACAGACCAAGGGGAAGAUGAAAUUCUGAUUGGAGACAUAACAGAACUUAACGAAAGAUACCUCAUUGUUUGCCAUGAUGUACACUGCCCAAUGACAUCCCUUGCUUUUGGUUACAUGCCAGCAAAGGGAGACUGGGUUAGAGCUGAAGUUGUGCGUCAUAGAGGACAGGUGUCAGAGGUCAAAGUAGUCCAACUGCGACAAAAAAGUCUUACUGGCGCAGUUACUGCUGUUGGAUGUGGUCAUGGUUAUAUCAAUGAUGACAUAUUUUUUUCUUUUUUUUCUUGCCGGACCAAUUAUCUACCGAGAAAGGGACACACAGUCAAGGUUACUGCUAUAGAGUCCAAUCAAGGCAAUUGCAAAUGGAGGGCAAUAAAGGUUGAGCCAAGGAUUCCUGUAAAAGAUACCAACUCUAUUUUUGUUUCACGAACGACUCAAAUAAGCCAAAGCAAGUUUACAAUGAAACUCCUGGAAAACAAAGGUGGAGUUGAAAUUUCAGAAGAUAUCAAUUUUCCAGAUGUCAUACUGGGUCACAGUCAGGAUAUGAUGAUUUCGAUAAGAAACAAUGGUAAUUUUUCGGUCGUUUUGAAGUCAAUCGAAGGUUUAAUGUCGACGGGAAAUGUGUUUGAGAUAAAAAUGAUCGGGGAAGAUGUUAACGUCAGCAGGUCUUCGACGUUUGAUCACGUUGGUGGAAUUCCUUUUGAUGUCCUCAUAACGUCAAAUUGUUUGGUAGAAUUUAAAGUCAGUUUUAAAUCAAGACUUUUGGGCGAAUUUUCACAAAUGGUCGUAUUUCAUUUUGGCGACUUUCAAAUCGGUCGUUUUUUCAAAGCGACUGUUCGUGACGAACGGCAGCAGUUGCUCGAUGCAAAAACACCAUAUCACCGUAGGAAGUUCGUCGACAAGAAAGAGUCAUUGAACAAGAUCGUUGAAAUGAGAAACAGUCGGCAAUGGGUGAUUCCAGGAGAAAGACCAAUGUUCAAGCAGAAGUCGAUAAACAUCUCCACGAAGUUGGACCAAUUCGAAAUUCCCCGAACUUUGAGGCAAAAUAUCUUGGACAAAACGGAUCUAUCUUCUAUUGUACCUUGUUUAUUGCAGCUGCUUUCGUUGAGAAAUUACAAGGAAAGGUUUUCCGUCUUAUUGCAUGCCGAAGAAGUUCAAAUGGAAUUGGAAAUGCGAGAAUUUGAUAUGAAAGGGGUGACAUUGAAACCAUUUGGCGAGUUUUUGAGUCUUUUUGUACCAGGAUUGGCAGAAGGUCGACCGUCACUGCUUAUUGGUGAUCGUGUUAUUUUGUGUGUCAGUGAUGGUUCAAACAAUUCUCCGAAAUAUGAAGGUUUUAUUCACGAGGUGAUGAGUACAGAAGUCUUACUGAGAUUCCACGAGGAGUUUCACGUGACCUAUGACGAGGAUUCCUGUGACGUCAUGUUCUUCUUUAACAGAACACCUCUAAGGCGAUGUCACAAGGCCGUCGAUGUGGCAUCGAAAUUUGUUGGCAGUCAAGUUUUGUUCCCGAACGAAGCGAUCGCUAAACUACCUCUACAGGCAAGUAACCACGACAAGCGCCUGUUUGACGACAAGUUGAACGAGCGACAACGGGCGGCUGUUAGACGAAUUCUUAUAGGUGUUGCUCGGCCAAUGCCCUAUGUUCUGUUUGGGCCACCUGGCACUGGCAAGACUGUCACUCUUGUUGAAACAAUACUUCAAAUAUUUCAUCGCUUCAGUGAAAGUAGAAUUCUCGUUUGCACUCCUUCAAACAGCGCAGCAGAUCUCAUUACUGAACGUUUACAUCUCAGUGGUGCAAUAAAGGGUGGUGACAUGGUGAGGCUGAAUGCCUUCCAACGUCAGCAAAGUAUCCCGGAAGAUAUCGAGAAUUAUAGCACGAAUAUCGACAAACUUGAUGUAGCUGCUCAUUUUCGUAUCGUCAUAUGCACCUGCACUACUGCCGGUCAGCUGCAUACGCUUGGAUUGGCAACGGGACAUUUUACUCACGUCUUAGUUGACGAGGCUGGACAAGCGACGGAACCUGAAUGUCUAGUUCCAAUCUCUUUAUUGGCUGGCUCCGAGGGACAGAUAGUACUAAGCGGUGAUCUUCAUCAACUUGGGGCUGUUCUCCGUUCUCCAAUCACUCAAACAUAUGGUUUAAAUUUAUCGCUGUUAGAGCGACUCAUGUCGCGAAUACCGUAUCUUCGAGAUCCCGGGAAGUUUUCGAACCACGGCUGUUACGAUCCCUUAGUCGUGACAAAACUUGUUCAGAACUAUCGUUCUCACGAAGCGAUACUUGCGAUAUCUUCGCGUCUCUUUUAUCAUUCAGAGAUGAUUUCUUGUGCCGAAGAGAGCCUCAAGAACUGUUUGUGCGAAUGGGACGCUCUGCCAAAAAAGGAUGGAGGAUUUCCAUUGCUUUUUCAUGGCGUUAAAGGCGAAGACAUGCGCGAAGGUAACAGUCCAUCCUGGUUCAACCCAGUCGAGGCCGUGCAAGUCAUCCGUUACGCUCGGGAUUUAAGAAAGUUUAGUAAACAUCCCGUUGACUUAGAUGACAUUGGAAUCAUAACACCUUAUAGGAAACAGGUAGAGAAGAUACGUAUGCUGUUGGAUAGACUGGGUAUGAGUGAAAUCAAAGUUGGUUCUGUUGAAGAGUUUCAAGGACAAGAAAGAUUGGUGAUUAUCAUAUCCACUGUAAGGUCAAGUGGGACAAUGGUACAAUUUGACUGCUCACACAAUAUUGGAUUUCUCAGUAAUCCGAAACGUUUCAACGUCGCUAUAACCAGAGCUCAAGCAUUGAUGAUCAUUGUCGGCAAUCCGCACGUUCUGAUUAAGGAUUAUUACUGGCGUGCUCUUUUGCGUUAUUGUGUGGACAAUAAUUCCUACAUUGGCUGUGAUUUGCCACCGUUUGAUAACGAGUUUGAAAAACUUUCCGAGACAAAUGACGCCCAUGUUGACGUGACUGGGUUGAAUCGGGAAUUUCGAACACAAAAUGGCGUCUCUGCAUCAAAUGUUUGCAAUGGUGAAACUACUCGACAAUGGUAAUUCAGGCAAUGGUGAAACUACUGGACAAUGGUAAUUCAGGUAAUGGUGAAACUACUGGACAAUGGUAAUUCAGGUAAUGGUGAAACUACUGGACAAUGGUAAUUCAGGUAAUGGUGAAACUAUUGGACAAUGGUAAUUCAGGUGAUGGUGAAACUACUGGACAAUGGUAAUUCAGGUAAUGGUGAAACUACUGGACAAUGGUAAUUCAGGUAAUGGUGAAAUUAUUGGACAAUGGUAAUUCAGGUAAUGGUGAAACUACUGGACAAUGGUAAUUCAGGUAAUGGUGAAACUACUGGACAAUGGUAAUUCAGGCAAUGGUGGAACUAUUGGACAAUGGUAAUUUAGGCAAUAAUGAAACUAUUGGACAAUGGUAAUUAAGGCAAUGAUGAAACUAUUGGACAAUGGUAGUUCAGGCAAUGGUGGAACUAUUGGACAUUGUCGAUUGAGCCUUGAACCCAAACAUUGAUUAUUAUGUUGGUAUUGACAAUGUCCCGAUCGUCGGAAAAAACUGAGCACACUAUUUGUUGUUUCGGCAACAAAAACGUAGGAACGAAGAGGUUUCUUGCAGAAGCAUCAAGAGUAUUGAAUUUGACUCAUAUAUCUAUGUAUGUGCAGUCGUCUUUAGUUAGCUGAUGAGGAGCCUUCACUGGAUUUUUAUAAAAAAGACCCAAGCCUUUAAUGAGAAGAGAUAAAGAAAGCGGGCUUAGCUUUGAAUUUGCGAAUACAAUACUAAAAAUGCCAGAAAUCUGUUUUAUAAAUGGUGCAUGCUUGUCGAGAAGAUGACGAUGUGAAUUUAAGUGCUCAUGAAAGAGAAGUAGUUCCAUAUCAAAGUGUUUUAGAUGUCAAGGCAUUUACGGUGUCCAAUUUGAAAAUCUGGGAAAUAUCACAACAAGUCAUUAAAGUCAAUACUAUUUGGUAUAUUUGUUCUCUAGUCGUCUUCUUUCAAAAGCUUUCUAUCGUUGUAGCAACUCAGUAUGAACAACUUAAUCGUACAUGAGAUUUAAAGUUUACGAUCUGCGACUGUUAAGAAUACACAUUGAGCAUGAAAUAUUUUCUUGCAUAUCGAGUGACAUUUUCAUUAGGAAGAAAUUUUAUUUGGAAUCACAACUGUCAGCUGUCAAAUCUAAAGCUGCAAAUUCGAAAAUAGCAUUAUUGCGAUUUUAAGAUUGCUAUUUUUAAAGGAAUAUUUUGAAAGUUACUAUCUCCCCUAUCAAUAAAUUGAAAAAACGUGUGAGAGAAUCGUAGGCAAUAAUUUUAAAGUUAAAAAAAUCUAAAAAUGCA